UCCUCUUGCCUGUGUCUCACUUCUUUGCUCUCUCUCUCUCUCUUCAUCUUCUACCUCUAGCUAUGAAGCCGCCGCUUAAAGGGACUCUGGUUAUCCGGCGAAGACCCCGAUGAUUCAGCGAAGACGUUUUUCACUUCUCCAUUGAAGGAGAAUUUCGUAGAAAGUUUAUUUCCUUUUGUAUUCAACAAAUUCUGUUAGUUUCUCGGGAAAGUUGUAAUUUGCGUGCAAAACGCUAGGAUAUUUUAGCAGUUGGACCUUGUAAACGAGAACAUAGAAGCUUUCUCAAAUCGAAACCCUAAGUACUUUUCUUGAUUUCGGAGGUUAAAACCCUAAGCAAAAAACGAUGGGAGAGUUGGAGAAUUCCUCGCCAAUGGCGGUUUCCACCGCCUCCGCGGAUGCUAGUUUGUCUUCGUCUGGUUACCAAACCACCGCCGUUCCGGCGGCUGCCGCGCCUCCGAAGAAGAAGCGAAACCUUCCGGGAAUGCCUGAUCCGGACGCGGAGGUGAUCGCUCUGUCGCCGAAGACUCUCCUCGCGACGAACCGUUUCGUGUGCGAGAUCUGCAACAAAGGGUUUCAGCGCGAUCAGAACCUGCAACUUCACCGGCGAGGCCACAACUUGCCGUGGAAACUCCGGCAACGAACGACGAAGGAGGUCCGGAAGCGAGUCUACGUGUGUCCGGAGCCGUCGUGCGUCCACCACAACCCGGCGAGAGCGCUCGGCGAUCUAACCGGAAUCAAGAAACACUUCUGCAGAAAGCACGGAGAGAAGAAGUGGAAGUGUGAGCGGUGCUCGAAGAAGUAUGCGGUACAGUCCGAUUGGAAGGCCCACAUGAAGACUUGCGGAACCAGAGAGUAUAAAUGCGAUUGCGGAACUUUAUUCUCCAGGAGGGAUAGUUUCAUAACGCAUAGGGCGUUCUGCGAUGCGUUGGCGGAGGAGAGCGCUAGGUCUCAAACCCUAGCAGUUAGCUCAGAGGGGAACAAUCCGAAUCCCAAUGCCAAGGCGGUGGUGGCUUCGCCGCCUCCGCCGCCGCUAACGCCGUCGACGUCUGUGGUGUCCCCAGCUUUGUCUAUUCAGAGUUCAGAGUUGCCGGAAAAUGCAAUAGGAUUAUCCCCACCAACGCCGGCCACGACAUGCUUGAUCACCACCAGUACUACCAUUACCAGUUGCUCUAACAGCAAUGGGAGCACAACAAGCACUGUAUUUGCGAGCAUAUUUGCACCUUCAAGCACUGUAGUUGCUCAGCCACCACCACAAACAUCAUCAGCGGCAUCAAUAUCCUCGUUCCCCAAUCUAAUCCCCACUUUGGGUCGCUCCCAUUGUACUUCGACCAGUACUAGUACUAUAGUCCCAACGGUUCCCACCAUAGAACCCACGUCACUCUCUCUCUCAACAUCUCUCUACUUGUCCAACAAUGGCGGCUCAUCCCUUUUCCCCACGCCCGACCAGCACGAUCAGCACCACCAUUUCGCCCAGCCUCCGCAGCCUCCGGCCAUGUCCGCCACCGCAUUGCUUCAGAAAGCGGCCCAAAUGGGCGCCGCGGCGUCGAACACCUCCUUGCUUUUCGGCCUAACGACGUCGUUUUCCUCGGGGAAGGAACUAGGCUCAAACGCUUCACAGUGGAACGGCCAGGUCAAAGCCGAAAACGGUGUCUCGGCAGCGGCAGCGGGGCUUGGGCUUGGGCUUCCAGAGAAUUCUGGGCUGACUGAUCUGGUUAUUGGCCCGUCGUCUGCGUUUGGGAGUCAAGCGCCGAUGACGCGCGACCUUCUGGGGCUGAGCAUCGGCGGUGGCGGUGGGGCUUCCACCGGUGGGCUUUCUGCUUUGCUCAAUUCCUUCGGUGGCGGUAGUGGUUUUGAUAUAACGGCGCCGUCGUCGUACGGAGGGGAAGGUCCGCCGGAGAGAAAGCCCAAUGGGCCGGCAUUGCUGUGAUGAGGAAUUAAAUAGUUGCAGUCGUCAAUUAGAAGUCUCCGGUAUUGGGGAAAUUGGUUUUUCCACGCCAAAAGUCAAGAGAAAUAUCGUAGAGUCGUCGUAGUCGAGGUGUUAUAUCAGUCGUGGUUAUUGAUGAAUAUAGUGUACUUAAUUUGAGAAGUCCUUUUUUUCUUUUCUUUUCUUUUUUGUGGUAGGAAGGUUCAAAUUUUACUGUAGGAGAUAUGAACUAGAGAGAGUCGUGUACAGUCUUAUUAAGCCAAAAAAAAAAAAAAAAAGCUAAAUGGAGCAGAAAGGAAAAGGCAAAUAAUUUGUAGGGUUAGUACUUCAAAAAUGGAAGUGGCUUAUUUAUUUUAAAAAUGUUUUUUUCUCUUCUUUUU